UUUUAAAAUCUCAGAAAGCCCGACGUACACGAGAGCACAGAGGAUCGUCGAUGAACACAACACGGCGGCGGCUGAUAAGAAGGGAGAGAAUAAUUGAACAUAGAUUCCUCUGCGAUCUCAGUGUUUGAUGCAGAAGUAAGUGUUGGCGGGGGCGAUGAAUGCGGCGGCGGCGGAAGGAGAUGAGGAGACGGCCGAGGCGCAGUACGUUAGGGCGAAGACUUCGGUCUGGUGGGACAUAGAGAAUUGCCAGGUUCCUAAGGGCUUGGACGCUCACGGGAUUGCGCAGAACAUCAGUUCGGCGCUGGUGAAGAUGAACUACUGUGGUCCUGUCUCCAUCUCCGCCUAUGGCGACACUAAUCGUAUCCCUCCCUCGAUUCAGCAUGCCCUCUCCUCCACCGGAAUCGCACUCAAUCACGUUCCCUCUGGGGUGAAAGAUGCGAGUGACAAGAAGAUUCUGGUGGACAUGUUGUUCUGGGCAGUGGAUAACUCUGCGCCUGCGAAUUUUAUGCUCAUUUCCGGUGAUAGGGACUUCUCUAACGCCCUUCACCAGUUGCGUAUGAGGAGGUACAAUAUUCUUCUUGCUCAGCCCCAGAAGGCCUCAGCCGCUUUGGUUGCUGCUGCAAAGACUGUUUGGCUUUGGACCAACCUGGUAGUUGGAGGACCACCUCUCAGCCGAGGUGAAUCCUCUCAACUUGUCCCCAAUGGACGUUUUCCUUCUGACUCUGAGGUAUCAUCUCAUCCGGGUUCUGAACAAGUUUUGUCCAGCCAAUCCGUGGAUCCAAAUUCGGAUGCCAGAAGGAUUCUAGAUAACAAAAACAAAGUAAACUAUAUUCCAAAACCAUCAAGUCCGGCUGCCAUGUCGAGGUUUCAGGAAAGCAAGCAACCUGCACAAGGAAAGCAGUUUAAGAAAGCUCCGCAUGAGUUCUUUGGCAGAAGUGACCUGGUUUCUACAAGCUGGCCUGCUACUAAUAUUUUACCUAACACCACCCCUUUGGGCAAUACCAUCAACAGCGUGACUAGUCAUCCUCAGAAUCAUUACCAUUAUCCUCCUACUGUUCGGCCAAGUCCUCUACCCGUGCAACAGCCUUACCAUAACCCUGACCCUUCCUGGAAUGGUGGAAAUAACAUCUCAAACAAUGGUCAGAACCAUUACCCUAAUCCUGCAAUGCCAGGUGGAUUUGCUGUACGGCCGAGUUAUGGCCCGGAUAAUCUGCAGCCUCCUAUUGGUAAUGGUUUCCGUCCAAGAAAUGACGGUCCUAGAUUUCCUGUUGCUUCUGCUACGAAUUUACCUGACAUCAGCAAUCUAAGUUUGUCUCAGUAUCCAAAUCAUUUUCAGAGUUAUCCUAAUUUCAAUCCUCAAGCCAGACAGCAGUUCAGACCGAACGUUCAGUUCCCCUAUCCUCCUAGAUUCAACGGCCCGAAUGACAGAUAUGUUACACAAAGUGGCCAAGCAAUUCAUUCAUGGGUUCCAGGCAAUGCUAUGUGGGGAAAUCCACCAUCUGAGCAUGUGCAAGGCCUUAUUGAUGUCAUCUUGUUUGCUUUAAACACCUUGAAAAAUGAAAAACUCAUGCCUACAGAGCCUAACAUAGCUGACUGCAUUCGAUAUGGAGAUCCCAAUCACCGUGGUACCGACGUCAAGAAGGCUUUGUACAGUGCUAUAGAGCAUCACAUGAUCGUGGUGACAAAUGUGGGUAAACUAAAACUCUACAUUCGCAGAUACGAGGCUCUGUGGAAGUGUGUAAAUCCUUUGGAGGGAGACCAAAAGCAAUACCCAAAAGCAACUUGGGAUAGAAUUCGCCGAUAUCUAACCUCUUCUUCAGGGCGGCUGGCUAUUACAGCAACUCAGUGCAGGUUUGAAGCUGCACAAGUUCUGAAAAGGGAAUGUCUUUACGAGCUUACUUUGGGCGAUGUACUUCAAAUCCUGAAUAUAACAGCGACAUCGAAGAAAUGGAUUGCUCAUCACCAAUCGGGAUGGCAACCCGUUACUAUUACCGCUGCUGCGGAAGAUACAGACGAGGUAUGACUCUAUCGACGUAACGAAGAAGGUGGCUACUCUGUUUACAAAGGAUAGAUAGAUAUAUGUAGUAGCAAAGAUAGGGAACUAGAGGUGUGGACAGUAUUUCAAGUUCAGAAGCUAGAGGAGAAGGCUUAAUAGCAGAUGGAGCAAUACCCAUCCUUCACAUGCUGAAUUGUUUUUUUUUUUCAUUUUCGAAUUGCGUGGAGAUUCUGAAAAUUGAAUUUUCUGCAUCUGCCAUUUCUCUGCUAAUCAUCCCAAUGCCAUUUUCGGACAGGAUUUUGUGUUUCUAUGUAGUACGUUUACUCAAGCCCCUUGAAUUUUU